AUGGAAGAGCAAUUUAAAAUUAAGCAGAUGAACUUUAAAGCCGAAGAGCAGGAAGUCAAUCAAUAUUUGAUGUCAACAGAGAGGGUUGACAACAUUGAUCCAUCAGCUCGGGUUUAUCUUGAUGAAAUGGAAGCUAUGGCUGAUUGUGUCAAACAUCAUGAGAUGAUUCUUCAGUUUGGAAAAAUGUUGCAGGACGUUUACAGUGUGUUUAGUUCUUCGAAGCUGUUCUACUCAACAUUCCUACAAUGUUUUCUAGCGUACGCCCUGUCAUCAAUGAGCUGUAGAUGUGGAGAAGCUUUAAUGCGAUCAAAUUGGGAAAGUUUUAAUGUGACCAUUCGACGUGGUAUGAUAAUUAUCUUAUCGUACGCUAUCAAUCCAAUAGAAUUGUUGGGAAUGAAAAUUAAUGCAUUAAAUGUUGAUCAGUUUCGAGCUGUAAUGGGAACUACGUUCUCAUAUUAUACACUUUUAAUGAAGAUGAAGGAUAGACGUUCUUAA